AUGUCGAGCAAACGGUUUCCUACGCAGUUAGUCCACACACUCAAGACGCACAAUGGACCCGUCAACGCGGUGACAUUUUCUAGUUAUCCCGGAACCUACGUGCUCACCGGCUCGAGCGAUCGUGCUGUGCACCUCUCGCGGGCCAUCCCUACUAGCAGCAAUGGCACCGUGAUCGAAACGACCUCUCCAAUCCAGCGAUACGAAGCGCACGGUUACUCGGUGCUCGACGUUGCCGUCGCCGCCGAUAAUGCGCGGUUCGCAAGCGUUGGCGGAGACAGACAAGUGUUCUUGUGGGAUGUCGAGCAAGGAGGGACCAUCCGACGCUGGAGUGGACACAAUGCGCGAGUGGAAGCGGUUCAGUUCGCUGGCGACGGCGAUUCGGUCGUGGUGUCUGGUAGCGCGGACACGACGAUCAACCUGUGGGAUUGCAAGUCCAACUCGCACAAGCCGAUCCAGACGCUGCCGGAAGCGCGGGAUACCGUGUCCUCGCUGCACGUGCACAUGUCCACGUACUCCAUCGCCAGCGGCAGCUACGACGGCCGGCUGCGCGUCUACGAUAUCCGCAUGGGCCGGACCACGGUCGAUGUCCUGGCGCAUCCGGUCACGAGCGUGCGCUGCUCGGCGGACGGGCACGCCGUGCUGGCGUCGACGCUGGACGGGCGGAUCCGCAUGCUCGAUCGCAGUGACGGGAAACUCCUGCAGGCGUUCGGUGGCGGGGGCGAGAAGGAGAAUGCUAGAAGAGAAGGAGAGGAGAGGAGCAGUUUCAUGCUGGGGCAGCCGGGGUCCCUUGUUUACCGGAAUCGCGAGCUGCGGAUUCGAUCCGUCUUCGCCAGGGCGGAUGCGGUUGUUCUGAGCGGUGGGGAAGCGGAGACGGUGAGCGGUAAUAGCGCUGCGGGGGGUCAGGCAGCCGUGUUCGCUUGGGAUGUGCUCAGCGGAGAGGUUCUUGCGGCUGUUCCUGCUGGUCAGGGGGUGAAGGCUGUUAGUGCCGUGGCGUGGAACGAGAAGGGGGGUUGUUGGGCCGGGGGGUGCUCGGAUGGCACCGUCAAAGUCUAUCGCUAG